CCCCCCUGGCAGCUGUUGGACUGUAGGGGCACAGGCUGAACCUUCUCUUGAGAGGGUGGAGAAUAGGAUCAGCACAAGUGCCGAUCACAUGCUGGGCGGGAGAAACAGGCGUUCGUUGUGUCCCUUCCAUUUCCAAAGAAUCCCUCUCCAGCCCCACAGACGUGAAUUGUGGCCACAGCUCUUGUUGCAACUCCUGUUCUUAGUCUGGAGUCGAUCUUGAGCCCUUUGUCCCUAAGGAAACAAUCUUUGCCGUGACAAAUCCCCCACUGGUGCAGCUGGUGACACCUCCAGCAGUGACUGGAGCUGGUGCAGGACUAAGCCAAUGCACACGGCAGGAACGCCAGGCUCAAGGGCUGAGUCCAUGUUGCUGCUCUCUAGUCUGCUGCUGAUCUGCAUGGGAACCGCCAGCUUCACCAGCCUUUUCUUUAUCUGCUCUGCAGGACGAUGAAGGUUCUCAAGGCAACAACCCUGGUGCUGCUCCUUGGUAUCUUCUCUUUCGGUAUUUACCACUUGGGCCAACUUGGCAAAGAAAGCCUCUGGAGCACCGCAGCACAGUUACGAGACCUGAGCAAAACCCUGUCCCUGCCAGACCAGCUCCAUAAGCUCCAGGAACAGCUUUACCAUCUGCGCUGGAGCACAAAGGAUGUUGCAGAGCAGGCUCUACAGGAAGGCGUGAAGCAGGCAAAGCUCCCAGGCUUUACUGGACGGGCUGUUCAGGAGAUCAUCAAUCAAGCCCUGGAGAGUCUGGUGGAAAUCCAGGUCCCGAUGCCGGAUUACGCCCUGAAAUCAGCAGGGGCUGCUGUCAUUCAUUCCAGGACUUCUCCAUCCCUCCGGAACGCCAAAGCCAAACUCUUCUUCUAUUCCCUGCCAUUGAUGGAUUACAUGAGGUCCCCUGAGCUUAUUCUGGAGCCAGAAAAUUAUCCUGGAAACUGCUGGCCCUUCCCAGGAAGUCAGGGUCACGUGUUCAUCAAGCUCUCUGUGCCAGUCAUUCCAAGAGCAGUCACCAUGGACCAUGUCUCAGGGACAGCGUUCCACAGAGAAAGUAUCUCUGGAGCUCCAAAGGACUUUGCUGUCUACGGCUUCAAGGAAGAACACGAGGAGCAGGGAAUGUUCCUGGGACAGUUCACUUUCCUGGCGCCACUGAAUCCCAGUCAGACCUUCCAGCUGAAGAACGAGCUCCCUGGGGUCAUGAAUUACAUCAGGCUGCAAGUGCUGAGCAACUGGGGCCACCCGGACUACACCUGCCUGUAUCGCUUCAGGGUGCACGGUGAUCCGCCCAAAGAUGGGGGAGACACAGCAGUUGCAUCUGUCAAUAAAUUCCAUUGA